AUGGCAACCGAAACAGCAAUAGAAGUUCCAGCGGCGGAGGCGGCGGAGAAGCAGCCGCACAAACUGGAGAGGAAGUGGACGUUCUGGUAUAAUAACCUAUCAAAAGUGAAACAGCCCGCCGACUGGGAUAAGAAUCUUCGCAAAGUCUACACUUUCGACACUGUCGAAGAAUUCUGGUGUUUAUAUGAUCAGAUAUUUAAACCAAGCAAGUUGACAACAAAUGCUGAAUUUAUCUUGUUCAAAGCUGGAAUGGAGCCCAAAUGGGAAGAUCCUGAGUGUGCUAACGGAGGCAAAUGGACUGUUAAUAGCAACACGAAGGCUAAUCUUGAGAACACGUGGCUUGAAACUUUGAUGGCUCUAAUAGGGGAACAAUUUGAUGAGGCUGAGGAGAUCUGUGGAGUGGUUGCCAGUGUCCGCAGGCAAGACAAACUUUCGUUGUGGACUAAAAAUGCAGCAAAUGAAGCAGCACAGAUGAGCAUUGGGAGGAAGUGGAAGGAGAUCCUUGAUGUCAAUGAAAAGAUUACUUAUGCCUUCCAUAGGACUCGAGAAGACGCCAAAGGUAGUCGAUAUAAUGUGUGA